GGACUCUUCCAGACACCCCUGGUGUCCCUGGACCAAGUACCGCCGGGCCCACCAGCACCUGGCCCGUCGGGAAGUCAUCAGCACCACUUCCCACAUCUGCUGCGACAGACAGCGAGUAAUGCCAGUCUGGUCUUUGGGUCCCCACACCCGGUACUUCAUCAAGACCCCACUACGUCACCCAGCAGACACUUCCCGAUCGGCCCGAACGGGUUCCACUUUGCCCCUGGCCCAAGCAACCCGGGCCAGCUACUCCAGGGCUGUCCCAGUACCGAUCCGGGUCCUGCCAACAACAACAAUAGCCAGAACAAUUCGGUUUUCUGCACAGCCCCGCUUUCGCCGAGUCCCGGAUUGUUGAGGGAGAAUUCCGUCCAGUCUCCCAUGUCUAAUCCUGGAUCAGAUGGAUACGGAAAUCCGUCUUCUCCUUCGUCACAAACUUUUGCAUUGACCGAGGAGCAAAUUCAGCGUUUGGCAGAUUCUGCGGAAAAGUUGGUGAAAUCUCUGCCUCCAAUGGAUCCAAAACUGCAACCCCAAGUUAUUGGCGCAAGCAGCAAAAAGAGAAUGAGCAAAGAAUUGGAGAAUAUUCUGAACAUGUCAGAAGAAGAUUCGAACCGUUUGGACGCGAUUCGCAAAUAUUCUGCGAUUUACGGCAGGUUUGACUGCAAAAGGAAGCCCCAGAAACCUCUGAGUCUUCACGAGAUCAGUGUGAAUGAAGCCGCAGCGCAGUUGUGCAAAUUACUGCCGAACCUUUUGACCCGACGUGACGAAUUAUUCCCCAUGGCGCGAAAGGUCGUCCGCGACUCGGGUUAUCAAUAUUCCAAGGGUCAUUCCAGGAAAUUGCGUCGGUUUCUGAGGUUUAUUGCUGUGUGA